ACUACUAGAUAGUAUAGUUCAAAUUAAAUCAAGCUAAGCAGGCAGCUAGCUAGCUACAUAUAUAGUAUAUAGAAUGGGGAGGGGUAAAAUAGAGAUAAAGAGAAUAGAGAACUCAAGUAAUAGGCAGGUUACAUUUUCCAAGAGAAGAAAUGGCAUCAUCAAGAAAGCAAAGGAAAUCAGUGUUCUCUGUGAUGCUAAGGUUUCACUCAUCGUCUAUGCCAGCUCUGGGAAGAUGCAUCACUAUUGUAGCCCUUCCACCGAGUUAGUUAAUAUGCUGGAUGGUUACCAGAAGGCAUCUGGAAAGAAGCUGUGGGAUGCUAAGCAUGAGAACUUGAACAAUGAAAUUGAUAGGAUGAAGAAAGAGAAUGACAGCAUGCAUAUUGAGCUCAGGCACCUUAAAGGAGAAGAUAUAAAUUCAUUGAACUACAAGGACCUCAGGGUUUUAGAAGAUGCUCUAGAAAGUGGUCUCACCUCUAUCCGAAACAAACAGUUUGAAAUAGUCAAGAUGAUGAGAGAACAGAAGGAGAUGGGCGCAGAUCGAAAUGGUGGUUAUUAGGGGUUACCAAUCCGCAGAGAUGCCUUUGACAUUCCGUGUGCAGCCGAUGCAGCCUAAUUUGCACCAAACAAUAUAAUAUAAUAAUGUAGCAAAUUAAAUUAUAUUAUAUUGUUGUAUUUUCAAAAAAAAUAAAAUUAUAUUGCUGUUUU